AUUAUCUCUAGGCCGCGUGGGAAACUAAAAACUCCUUCGUCUUCUCAUUCGUAAAUCCAGAAAUUAGGGUUUUCUUCCCGCCACCGCGUCCCUUGCCGGAAAUUGUCUCCCGUUUCAUCUUCCGGGUAUGGAUACUUCAAGUCCUGCUGCUUUUGUCAAUGGAGCUUUGUUGAGGCGGUACAUUGGUCAGAAAGUGAGAGCAGUGGUUCAAGUUAUCCGGUCAGAUAUUGGAUCCGUGACUGGAAAAUCGAGUGAUGAUCAGCAGAUUGUCGUCAAGGGUUCUCCUCCUCCUUCUCUAACUACUUACCUCGAGGUAAUCGGAAUCGCCGAGAGUGAAAACACCAUCCGAGCUGAAGUUUGGACCAACUUUGGGGAUAAUUUCGAUGCACAAAACUACAAUGAGCUAUGUAAGCUCGCGAAUGGUGAGUUUAGACACAUGUUUAUCUGAAUUACAGAGUACUGGCGAUGAAUGUCGUAGCUAUUUCGUAGCUUUUUUUUGUGUUUCUUGUAGACAUAUCUCGCAUUUGUUUUUUUUAGAGUCAAAGCUCUUCUUUUUUUACAUGUUAGUUUCAAGAUUGGGCUAUUGAUCUUGAGGUCUUCGAUUUCCGUAUCGAAAAUCUUCUGUUACGUUUUAUGGUAAUCUAUGUUAGUUUAUCUCUGA